CACGUUUCCUUUCAAGAUGGCGGAUAAUCUCCCUUCGGAGUUUGAUGUGAUCGUAAUAGGGACGGGUUUGCCUGAAUCCAUCAUUGCAGCUGCAUGUUCAAGAAGUGGCCAGAGGGUUCUGCAUGUUGAUUCAAGAAGCUACUAUGGUGGAAACUGGGCCAGUUUUAGCUUUUCAGGAAUACUGUCCUGGCUAAAGGAAUACCAGGAAAAUAGUGAUGUUGUGAAUGAAAGCCCAGCAUGGCAAGAGCAGAUUCUUGAAAAUGAAGAAGCCAUUGCUCUUAGCAGGAAGGACAAAACCAUUCAACAUGUGGAAGUGUUUUGUUACGCCAGUCAGGAUUUACAUGAAGAUGUUGAAGAAGCUGGUGCACUGCAGAAAAAUCAUGCUUCUGUGAUAUCUGGAAGCCCCACAGAAACUGCACAUUCUGCCUAUCUGCCUUCAGAAGAUGAGUCAUUAUGCACUGGGAGCUGUGAAAUGCCCACAGAACAAACUCCAAGCAGUGAUCUAGAGACUGCCCUAGAAAUAAAUGAUGUGGGAGUAACAGGGGAAAAAGAAAAACAUUAUGACGAUAAAACUUGUGUGAAGUCAGCUUCAGAAGAAGAAACAAGUGAAAAUGUGCCUACAGCAGAAGACACUGCAUUGCCACCAAAGAAAAAUAGGAUUACUUACUCACAAAUUAUUAAAGAAGGCAGGAGAUUUAAUAUUGAUUUGGUAUCAAAACUGCUGUAUUCUCGAGGAUUGCUAAUUGAUCUUUUAAUCAAAUCUAAUGUAAGUCGAUAUGCAGAGUUCAAAAAUAUUACCAGGAUUCUUGCAUUUCGAGAAGGAAGAGUGGAACAGGUUCCUUGUUCUAGAGCAGAUGUCUUUAAUAGCAAACAACUUACUAUGGUAGAAAAGCGAAUGCUAAUGAAGUUUCUUACAUUUUGUAUGGAGUAUGAAAAACAUCCUGAUGAAUAUAAAGCCUAUGAGGAGAUUACAUUUUCUGAGUAUUUAAAAACUCAAAAAUUAACCCCCAACCUCCGGUACUUUGUCCUGCAUUCAAUUGCAAUGACAUCAGAGACAGCCUGCAAUACCAUAGAUGGUCUCAAAGCUACCAAAAACUUUCUUCGCUGUCUUGGGCGGUAUGGCAACACUCCAUUUUUGUUUCCUUUAUAUGGCCAAGGAGAACUUCCUCAGUGUUUCUGCAGGAUGUGUGCAGUGUUUGGUGGAAUCUAUUGUCUUCGCCAUUCAGUACAGUGCCUUGUUGUGGACAAAGAAUCCAGAAAAUGUAAAGCAAUCAUAGAUCAGUUUGGUCAGAGAAUAAUCUCUAAGCAUUUCCUUGUGGAGGACAGUUACUUUUCUGAGAACACAUGCUCACAUGUACAAUACCGGCAGAUUUCCAGGUCAGUCCUGAUUACAGACAGAUCUGUACUAAAAAUGGAUUCAGAUCAACAGAUUUCCAUUUUGACAGUGCCAGGAGAGGAACCAGGAACUUUUGCUGUUCGAGUCAUUGAGUUGUGUCCUUCAACAAUGACAUGCAUGAAAGGCACAUAUUUGGUUCAUUUGACUUGUACAUCUUCUAAAACAGCAAGAGAAGAUUUAGAACCAGUUGUGCAGAAAUUGUUUACUCCAUAUACUGAAACGGAGAUAGAAAAUGAAGAAGUUGAAAAACCAAGACUUCUGUGGGCUCUUUACUUCAAUAUGAGAGAUUCUUCAGAUGUCAGCAGGAACUCUUAUAAUGAUUUACCGUCCAACGUUUAUGUCUGCUCUGGCCCAGACUGUGGUUUAGGAAAUGAUAAUGCAGUCAAACAGGCUGAAACACUUUUCCAGCUAAUCUGCCCCAAUGAAGACUUCUGUCCACCCCCACCAAAUCCUGAAGACAUUAUCAUUGAUGGGGACAGUUUACAAUCAGAGGCUUCUGAAUUCAGUGUCCUACCAGAAGCUAACUCAGAGACUCCCAAGGAAAGCACAAGCCUGGGAAACCCAGAGGAGGCCUCUCAGUAGUGGAUAUAUGCCAAACUGAAUACCCCACUUUGGAAAUUCCUCCUGGCCUUAGAGUCUUCUUCAUGGAAGAACUAUUUGAAAAAUGUUAGAAAACAGCAGCCAUUUGACAUACAUAAUUACCAAGAGAAGCAGGUCAUAGAAAUCCAAAAGGGGAUUUUCCUUAAAGAGGACAUUGUAAGAACACAAAACACUUAUAAAGCACAUUGGCUUGCCUGCUUUAAGUUACCAAACCUGUAGAAUUAGCAGAUAAAUAUAAAUGGAUGGGUUCCCAGGAGUAUAGUAGCUAUGGAUAUGAAAGUGUACCUAUGCAUUGUUAAUAAUUCUGUCAUAUUCAGAAAGCUUUUGCUUACCACUUUGGAUCUUUGUUUGAAAGCCACAUCUUCAGAAUCAGGUCACAUAUUUCCUUUGAUUAUUUUAAUUCUAUUUUCUUCAUGGGUAUGGGCAUGAUGACACCAAUGAUAAAAGCACAUGUAAAUGUAGUUGAGGAAAGCUAAAGUAUCAUGAUCUAGGCAGGAGCCUAUGUUUGGAAUAGAGGUUUGGUUUGUUUUCUAUCUUGAGAACUCUUGAAAAUGCCAAUAUUAAAGUACACAUUUUUACAAAU